AAGCACUCAGGGACGCUUCCGCUGCAGAAACAUGGCCGCGGCCGUGCAGGACUCACGUGGGGGUGAGGGGAGAAAACUGAAAAAUUCCCUGAAGAAGAAGAAAAAGAAGAUGAAAAUGGUAGCCAAGGCUGUAGCAUCGGAGCUGGAAGAUGAGAACAAAGACCCUGACGGCCUUGGAGGCUCUCUAGAAAAGUGUGCGUCCGACGAGGAAGCGGUGGAGGCCGACAAUGAAGAUGAGGCUGGCCCCAGUGACGAUGACAGUGAAGGUGCCGCAGACACCCUCGUGGAUGCCAACGCGGGCUGGGCAGAUGCCAUGGCUAAGAUCCUGAACAAGAAGACACCCACGAGCAAGCCCACCAUCCUGGUCAGAAACCGAGAGCUGGAGAAGGAGAAGGAGAAGCUGAGGCAGGAGAGGCUGGAGAAGAGGAAGCAGCUGGACAGGAAGCGGGAGUGGGAGAUGCUGUGCCGGGUCAAGCCAGACGUCGUCAAAGACAAAGAGACGGAGAGGAACCUGCAGAGGAUCGCCACCAGGGGCGUCGUGCAGCUGUUCAACGCGGUUCAGAAGCAUCAGCAGAACGUCGACGAGAAGGUGAAGGAAGCCGGAGGCUCUGUGAGGAAGCGUGCGAAGUUGAUCUCCUCCGUGUCCAAGAAAGACUUCAUCAGCGUUCUGAGAGGGAUGGACGGCAGUGCACAGGAGCCAGGCUCCACGGGAAGGGGCUCAAAGGCCAAACAGACCAGAGUGAAAGAAGAGGGCCCCAGCUGGACCAUCCUCCGCGACGACUUCAUGAUGGGAGCGUCCAUGAAGGACUGGGACAAGGAGAGCGACGGGCCCGACGGGGGCAGCCCGGGGCCGGGAAGUGACGCCGCCGAGUGAAGCUGGGUGUGGGGAGGCAGAGUGCACAGUCCUUUUGUGUUUCCGGAGAAGCACCCCGCGCUCCGGAGGUGAGGGGCGAGCAAGGACCCCGCUCAUUAGGGAGCCAGAGGACCCUCCCUGUGACCAACUCUGAGGGGUCCCCUCUUCACGGAGGCUUUGCUAAAAUUGUGUUGCAAACUUGUAUAAUUGUGAGCAUUGCAUCUAGUUGUCGAGCGAGAUACACACUUCGCCACGGUCAUUGUGGGUUUCCAUGCUGGUCGUGGGUAUGUGGUGUUUUGUUUCAUUAUUACCAGUGUUUCUAGAAAGGCAACGUUCUUUAUCAUUAAAACGAACUCCUUGAAGUUAAUAGUUUUCAGCUUGCAGCUCUAUGUACUUACAGUUGGUUUUGGUGAAAGCUUUGGAGAAAACUUACCCAGGGAAAUUUAAAAUUAUAAUAUUUCUGAUCUGGGGUGACAAUUUCAUUUCCUAAGAUAUUCUGGCAAAUACAAUGUGCAGAACAUAUUUUUUACUAUACUAAGCAAUGUACAUAAAUACUUACUUAAGA